GAAGGCACCGCCCGCAGACGCUCGGAACUGCCGACCUGGGAGCUACCCUUAGAGGGCCGGCGGCGGGAGCGGAGUGAGUCGGGCGGGGCCGAGCUGGGCCGGGGCCGUGUGGGGGCCGGGCAGCGGCCGGGCCGGCGGACGGCGGGAUGGGCUGCACCGUGAGCGCCGAGGACAAGGCGGCGGCCGAGCGCUCCAAGAUGAUCGACAAGAACCUGCGGGAAGACGGAGAGAAGGCGGCGCGGGAGGUGAAGUUGCUGCUGUUGGGUGCUGGGGAGUCAGGGAAGAGCACCAUUGUCAAGCAGAUGAAGAUCAUCCACGAGGAUGGCUACUCAGAGGAGGAAUGCCGGCAGUACCGGGCAGUCGUCUAUAGCAACACCAUCCAGUCCAUCAUGGCCAUUGUUAAAGCCAUGGGCAAUCUGCAGAUUGACUUUGCCGACCCCUCCCGCGCGGACGACGCCAGGCAGCUGUUUGCACUGUCGUGCACGGCUGAGGAGCAGGGCGUGCUCCCUGAGGAUCUGUCCGGUGUCAUCCGGAGGCUCUGGGCUGAUCAUGGUGUGCAGGCCUGCUUUGGCCGCUCGCGGGAGUACCAGCUCAACGACUCUGCCGCCUACUACCUGAAUGACCUGGAGCGCAUUGCACAGAGUGACUACAUCCCCACGCAGCAGGAUGUGCUGCGGACUCGCGUGAAGACCACGGGCAUCGUGGAGACGCACUUCACCUUCAAAGACCUACACUUCAAGAUGUUUGAUGUGGGUGGUCAGCGGUCUGAGCGGAAGAAGUGGAUCCACUGCUUUGAGGGCGUCACAGCCAUCAUCUUCUGCGUAGCUUUAAGCGCCUAUGACCUGGUGCUAGCCGAGGACGAGGAGAUGAACCGCAUGCACGAGAGCAUGAAGCUGUUUGACAGUAUCUGCAACAACAAGUGGUUCACGGACACGUCCAUCAUCCUCUUCCUCAACAAGAAGGACCUGUUCGAGGAGAAGAUCACACACAGCCCCCUGACCAUCUGCUUCCCUGAGUAUACAGGGGCCAACAAGUACGAUGAGGCAGCCAGCUACAUCCAGAGCAAGUUCGAGGACCUGAACAAGCGCAAGGACACCAAGGAGAUCUACACGCACUUCACGUGCGCCACUGACACCAAGAACGUGCAGUUCGUGUUUGACGCUGUCACCGAUGUCAUCAUCAAGAACAACCUGAAGGACUGCGGCCUCUUCUGAGGGGCAGCGGGGCCUGGCAGGAUGGGCCACCGCCGACUCUGCUCCCCCCCAGCCCCUGAGGAAGAUGGGGGCAAGAGGACCACGCUCCCCGCCUGUCCCCCUGGCCGCUUCUCCCCUUCUCUCCUCUCUCUGUUCUUGGCUCCCCCUCUCCCCUCCCUCAGCUCCAGAGACUUGGGGGAAGGGUUGCCACAGGCCUCCCUGUUUGAAGCCUGCCCUUAUCCCAGGUGUAGGGAAUGGCCACCGUACCCCCUCCUGGCAUCUGUUCUGGUUUUAACUGUUGUCUUGUUCUGUGAUGGGGGAGGGGAGCACAUGCUGAGUCUCCCAAGGCCUGUGUUUGGAGGGGCACCCACUUCUCCAGCCUGGGACCCCUGGCUUCGCCCAGCACCAGCCCCUGACCCAACCCAAGUCCAAAUGUUUACAGGGAGCCUCCUGCCCCCACCAGCCCCCUCCCCUAAGCCACUCGGAGGCCCCAAAGGAAAAAGCACAAGAAGCGUGAGACGCCACCAUUCCUGGAGACCACAGUCCACCGGCUCAUUCUCGUAGCUUUUUUUUUUUUAAAAAAAAAAAGAAAGGCAAAGGGAAAAAAAAAAAAGAGAGCGAAAA